CCGGACAUAUUCCCCUGAACACACGGUCCCUCCGCUAGAAGAGUCCGGAGCGUUCAGAGGAGCGAAGCUGAAGAAAGUCUGAAAAACUGAAUCUUCAUUUAAAAUUAAUCUUCAUUUAAAAUUAAUCUUUAUUUAAAAUGAAUCUUCAUUUAAACUGAUUCGUUUCUUCGAUGGCGGAACCAGCGGCUGAUUCCAGGAUGGAGCUUUCAUCUUUACUUCAUGACCUUCAUCUCCUCUCCUCAGAGAAGCCCCUCCCCCCCCCUCCUCUCCCUUCAAUCACAGCGCUCCUGGCUCGGCUGAAGGAGAAGCUGAUUGGUGCGUCCUCGGACUCUGACACAAGCUCCCUGAUUGGUCAUGUGGAGCGACUCUUUCAGACAGCAGAUCCUGAUUGGCUGUUCUCCCUGACUUCAGUCAAUGAGGAGGGUCGUCAGGAGGAGCUUCAGUCUGCGUACAGGUCUCUGAUCAGCGCUCUGAUUGGCUGUGCAGACCUGCCGCUCUGUGAGGAUGACUGCGGCUCUCUAGCGCCGGCGGCCUAUCAGAGUAUCCCGAGCCGAGCCGUCCCAGUUUGCUCGGUGCUCCGAGCACUGCUGGGAGCUCUGGGAAACUGGGAGGGGAGCGGGCUGCUCUUGAGUGUGGCGCCCCCUGUGUGUGUGUUUGCUGUGACGCAUUUCCAGGAUCAGGUGUGGACCAACCCCCCCUCCAGAGCAGCUGCACAGAGCCUGCAGGAGGCGCUGCUGAGGGCAGGUGGCUGGAGAGACUCCACCCACCUCCUGGUGGGAGAUGGCAGACAAAGGGAGGGGGGGGAGGAAGGAGGAAUUCUAAGAGGAGUCCUGGAUGUCCUGCAGCCGCAACUCACAAAGGACUCGUGGCAGCGGUGUGUAGCGGUGAAGCUGGUGUUUUCCUGGACUCUCCUGCAGCUCGCCCCCCCCUCUCUCUCCCCUCACCUGCCUCGCCUCCUCCCCCCACCCCUCCUCUUCAACGACCACUACAGACCAGAGAACUGCAUGCUGGGAGUUCGCUGUCUGCACCACAUCAUACUCAACACGCCUGCUGCUGAUCUGCGUCAGUUCAACAGAGCAGACGUCAUCUAUCAAGCUUUAUUCAAACACUUGUACACAACAGAGAAGACUGUUAUACAGCUCGUCCUGUCCUGUCUCUUGGACCUGUUGUUGGUUUUGGAGAAGCCGCCCUCUUCGCUCGACCCCUCCUCCAGCCGCAGGAAGCCUUGUCGCCAUGACGACAUGCUGCGCCUGGUCCUGAUCCACAUGGAGGCGGAGAAUAAUGUGGCGCUGCGACGCGUCUACGCCUCCGUCCUCCCUUUGUUAGUGGACAGGAUGGGUGUGGCAGUGUGCAGACACCUGCGGCGAGUGGAGCGGGUGGUGCUGGGAUACCUGGAGGUCCGGGAUCCACCUGAAGAGACCAACAGACUGAAGGUUCUGGAGGUUCUGCAGAGAGUGACGAGAGCAGCCUGGCCCAGGAUGCAGCGUCGCAGGCUCCACCUGUUGCUGCGUAGUUUGUUGCAGCUGAUGGUCGACGUCUCUUCAGACUCUCAGCUCCACGACUCGGUCCGAGAGAAGCUGAUGAGUGAAGCGACGCUGUGCAUCAAGCUGCUGCACGACUGCUCACCAGGGAACGCCCAGACUGUCCUCCAGCAAGUCGACAGCAGCUGUUGCAGUCCCGAGGUGCUUGGUUGCCUAGUGACUGUCACUACUAGGUGAUAAUGAUGCAGUUGGUGAUGUCUCCUGACGGACAGAUCAGGACGGGGACACAUGAUGACGGGGACACAUGAUUGGUGUUUGAGAUGUUUGUGGUGUCACAGAUGUGAUGUCAUCAAACAUCAAACCAACAGGAUGUUCAUUGGUCUGACAUCACUUCCUGUGUCGAUGUUUUCAGCAGAGAUGCUAAGUCCAUGCUAACAUGAUGAUAACACAAUAAGUACAUAGGUAGGACAGACGUACCAAUGUCCGUCCCUCCGUCCGUCCCAUUCUGAUGAACACGAUAUUGUAAGAAGACUUUGAGGACAUUUCUUCAUGUAGAUUUCAGAGGUCAAAGGUCGGACCUGCACUGGAGGGAUUCAACCGUUGGACAUGUGAUGUAAAUAAACGACUCUUCAGUGAAUCA